CUGAGGUCAUCCAGGCAAUUCAGGCCAGCUUGCCCUCCUUUCUCCAUCCUCGCUCGGUCUCGUUUCCUCCCCCUCCCCCUUCGACACUACAAAGUUGCAAACCCCUUCUUUUUUUUUUACCCCCCUUCGAAAACACCAACCCUCGAUAGCUCACGGCUUGCUUGCCCUUCCCAAAACACCCUCACUCCAAGAGCAAGCGAACACGCCGACCAACGGGCCACUUUGCCAAUCUCUUAUUUCCUCUUAUUUUUCCCAAUCCUUCCGUCGCAAACUUCACGACUAAACCUACCUUCACCGAAACGUCAAGGUCAAGGCUAGCCCUCGGAUCUCCUCAGCUUUCCAAUUCACCCUCUUUAGUUUUUCUCCCCACGAUUCUGGACAAAACCCAUUGUCUUCUCUCCGCCAAACAAUCCCGUCAAUCUCGGCGACGACUCUUUUCUCUGAAAAAAUAGACAAGCCUACCGCCACCGCUGCCACUACCUGCCACUACCGCCAGAGCGAACAGCCGGCCUGUCUGUACCUUCUUGUGUGCAACAGCCACGUCAACCGACCUACCUAGCUAGCUACCUUUACGACCCACCUCCGUCGAUCCUUCUCUCCUCCCCGCGAUGGCUCAGCAGAGAGGUCCUUCCUACGGCCUGGGCGCCGGUGGUCCCGCGUCUUUCGGCGGCCCGAGUGCGGACAACUCCGAGUCCAGCCCUCUGGACAUGAUCCGUCAACAGACGAGCAAGAUUGAGGACCUCUUGGACUCCGUGAGCGAGCCAAUCAAGCCUUAUCUGCCCGCCAUUGGCCGCUUCCUGAUCGUCGUCACCUUCCUCGAGGAUGCCCUCAGAAUCGUCACCCAAUGGAGCGACCAGCUCCUCUACCUCCACGACUACCGCCACAUUCCCAACGGUAUCACGCACCUUUUCCUCAUCGUCAACGUCCUCGCCAUGCUCGCCUGCUCCACGCUCGUCAUCAUCCGCAAGUACUCCGACUAUGCCGUUGCCGGCCUCAUGGCCGUCGUCACCACCCAGGCUCUGGGGUACGGCUUGAUUUUCGACCUCAACUUCUUCCUGCGCAACCUGUCCGUCAUUGGCGGUCUCUUGAUGGUGCUUUCCGACUCGUGGGUCCGCAAGACCAAGGCAUUCGCCGGCCUACCUCAGCUUGACGAGAAGGACCGCAAGAUGUACUUCCAGCUUGCCGGCCGCGUCCUGCUCAUCUUCCUCUUUGUCGGCUUCGUCUUCAGCGGCUCGUGGUCCGUCUGGCGCAUCAUCACCUCCAUCAUCGGCUUCGUCGCCUGCGUCAUGGUCGUCGUCGGCUUCAAGGCCAAGUUCAGCGCCACCCUGCUCGUCCUCAUCCUCAGCAUCUUCAACAUUCUCGUCAACAACUUCUGGACCCUCCACGAGCACCACCCCCACAAGGACUUCGCCAAGUACGAUUUCUUCCAGAUCCUCUCCAUCGUCGGCGGUCUCCUCCUGCUCGUCAACGCCGGCCCCGGCCAGUUUUCCAUCGACGAGAAGAAGAAGGUCUACUAAACAGCGGAAGAACGAAAACAGCCAGAGGCCCGGCCUCGGAAAUGGCAGGGACACCUUGGAGAGAAAGGAGAGAAAGGAGAGAGGAGGGGAAGACCAUCGAUAUUAUAGGGUCAGUUUCUUGGCAUUACAAACGGCAUUCAAAAAAAGUUGCAAACUUUGUCUCGCUCUGCGGUUUGCGUCUGGGUGGGGUUACGAGAGUCACAUUGAAGCAUAUAUGAUGGGUAGACGCAGAAGGGGGGUUCUAUAGCAGGAACGGGCAAGUUUAAGCUGCGCGUUAGGAAUGGAGAAAGAUAUAUUCAAGUUCACACACGAUUUCUGGACCUUUUGGGGCGCCGUUGUCUCGGCGGCUUAACGUGCGUGUGUGUGUGUGGUUGUCGAGAGGGGGAG